GUUGGUAGCGGUGGCCUCGCAUUUGGUGUCAUAGGUAAUUGCCUCAUUUCAGGCUUUUUCGUUGUUCGAUUCAAACAUCCAUGCGAUAUGUCACGACUUGAUAAAUUGAUUCAAAUUAUAGAGACUGGAUCUAGUUUAUCAAUAAAGCAAACAGCAGCAAAACAAAUAGGGCAAAUUUCAAAGUUUAACGUCGGCAACGAUGAGAACUACAUUGGUUUAGAUGGUGAAUGGGUAGAAGCUGUCAGAUUAAUCUACAAAAUUCUACCACACCUCCGCUCAAAGAACUGGGAUACCAGAAUAUCUGCUUCACUUGCGAUUGAAUCGAUUCUUAAAUCAUCUGGGACCUGGCGCGUCGAUACGAGUAAUAGUGAAUUACCCCAAGUUAUACAAUCCAAUUUGAGAUUAUUAAAUGUUAAAGAUCUCACACAAAACGAUACGAAACUGUUAGCUUCAACUGGGCAUGAGUAUACAGCCCUUGAAAGAACAAAUUUACAGUCAGCGAAAUCAGAAGCCGCUAAAAGGUUAGGUUUAGGCUUCUUAGAACCAGAUGAGACGUUCGGUUUUAACGUCGAGGAUGAACUCACUGAUCAAGAUCCUCAAGGUUCUCAAGCAGCUUCAACUUCUCAACAACCACCUCCACCUACCUCAGAUACAGUUCAAGAAGCUCCAGCUCAAGAUGAAAAUGCACCCGGUCUCUCCGCUAGAGAAAGGAAUCGUCUAAAGCGUAAACGGAAAUUGGGACAACCUAUGAGCCAUCCUCCAGCUAAGAUCAGAGUACAAGAACCUGCACCGCAAGUUAAACCUGAACCAAUGGAGGAUGUUAAACCUUCACAAGCUUCAUUAGUCGUUGAUCCUGCCGCUAAAGCAGCUGAGAGGAAAUUACAAGAAGAAUCAACACAAAAUCAAUCAAAAUUCCUUGAGAGACCACAAGGUCAUUAUCCAUUUGAAAGCGUAGCUGAUGUUAUGCAAUUAGACCUACUCAGUCCUUCAUGGGAAGUCAGACAUGGUGCUGCUGCUGGUUUAAGAGAAUUAUUCAAAGUCCAAGGCACAGGCGGUGGCAUGAAUGUCGAUUCGAAAGUUGAAGACAACUUAGUCAAUCAUACUGUCUGGUUAGAAAACAUGGCUGCAAAUGUUCUUUGUGUUUUGGUCCUUGAUAGAUUCGGCGAUUUCAUUUCAGAUCAAGUAAUCUGCCCAGUUAGAGAAACCGCUUCGCAAACAUUAGCAUCAUUAGUUUUACAUAUGAGCGAUAAAUCAUCUGAAUAUGUUCAUACCAUUUUACAUUCAAUGAUAUAUCAAUCUCAUGCGUCAACUGAUGAUCAAUCACCAGCAAGGAAAGGCGAUAGCGGGUUUGUCUGGGAAGUUCGUCAUGCUGGUUUACUCGGUUUAAAGUACUUUGUUGCAGUAAAAAAAGACCAAUUAGCUGCAACUGAUAAUGAAAUGCUCAAGAAAGUCGUUGACGCCGUCAUAUUAGGCUUGACAGAUUUCGACGAUGAUGUGAGAGCUGUAGCUGCAGCAACACUCCAACCAAUCGUCGGACUAGUCGUUGAUACUCUCUUUGAGAGCGUACCUCGUAUACUCGAUGCUAUUUGGGAUAGUUUCACACAACUCAAAGAUGAUUUAUGUAGCAGCACAGGUUUUGUGAUGAGUUUACUUGCUCAAUUUAUCGCAUAUGACAGCAUCAUGAACUUGUUGCUCAACCCGCAAGACUCCACUAGACCACCGUUACCGCAACUGAUCUCGCGACUCUAUCCAUUCUUCCGUCAUACCAUUACUUCAGUCCGUUUGGCUGUCGUUAACACACUCAUCACUUUCAUUGAAACUCCCUCAUUACCUAACAAUUGGGUAGAUGAGUCGUUCUUGCGUUUCGUAUAUCAAAAUAUUGUUCUCGAAGAACGCAACGAUAUUCGUACGGCUUCUCUCAAGUUAUUCCAUGUUGCAAUUGACAGUAUAGAAUCUGAAAAUAUCCCUCAUUAUCUCUUUGAUCAUUUACAAGGGUGGUUUGCAAUAGUCAUGACACCAAUCGGUCUACCAAUGGAUAGCACUUUCUUCUUAAAGUCUGGUGGUAUACAUGGUCAAGAUGUCAAUCAGUCUGGACAUAAUGUUGACAAGAACGUUAUGACUCAAGAUUUAGCUUUGGUUAGUGUUGAAAACAUUUUAAGAGGUAGAUAUGCAGCUAUAAAUGCUUUAGCUAGAAUUCUUGCAGAAUGGCCAAUUGAAUCUCAAGAAAACUCAUUCUGUGGUUUAAUUCCAGCUUAUAUUGGUUCAUCUUAUGCCCUUCAUCAGCAAUUAGCAGCGACAUUAGUCGAAGACUGGGCUGUAUUUAGUAAAGUUGACUCACAUAAUAAUACCUUAGCGGCUAUGUUACAUAAACAACUUAGUGAUGUACUCUUGGGUGAUGUGCCUUCAACUUAUUCAGAGAUGGUUUUAAUGUUAUCACAAAUUCGUAAUGAAUGCCAAGUCGUAUAUAGUUCACUCAUUAAUGAUGGCAAAGUAAACAAAGAUCAUUUACCAUCCAUACCCGCCGAGGUAGAUCCAACUGGAACCAUUCAAGGCGCAUUUUCUUUAGCAUUGGCAGAAGAUCUAAUGGGCUCCAUAUACAACGACGCCAGUAGUAAAAUAAGUAAUCGCAAGAAGAAUGCAUUGGGAAUGAUUGAUGAUAGACGCAAGAAAACUAUUAGUACCAUACAAUUUUACAAGACACGUAAAGAUCGUUAUGAUAAUCAAGUAUACUCUGCCAUAGCAGCUGCGGUUGUAGCACUUAGAGAAUUACCUGUUAAGCUCAACCCUGUUAUCAGAAGUAUUAUGAAUAGCAUUAAGACGGAGGACAAUAUAGAUUUACAAAACAGGGCUGCAAAAUCACUCGCAAACUUGGUUGAAUUAUGUAGUUUACCAACUGCAAAAGCAAAUCCAAGUGAUAAAAUUGUCAAAAACCUCUGUGCAUUUGCCUGUCAAGAUGAGAAAGAGACGCCUAUUUUUGCACAAAAUGCCAAGCUACGUGAAGGGUCUUUCACAUUGCAGAUGGAGGAAGCUGAGCAAAAAGCUACAGCAUUAGCAGCACAACAUUCCAGGAAAGCAAUUAAAGAAGACAAAGAAGUUUCUCCUUCAUCGAUUAUUCAAAGAGGUGCGGCUCAAUGUAUCUUGGAACUUGCGAAGAAAUUCGGCAAAGAUCUUUUCACAAAGGUUCCAAAACUUUAUGAGUGUUUAUCUUCGUUCAAGAAUUACGAGAAUGACGUAAAUAUCACAUCAGAGAAAGGUCAAGAAAUUAUUGAUUCUUUCACAGUUUUAAGAAUGACUGUUGAAAGUGUUGAUGCAAGUUUAUACUCUGAAUUGCUUGCAUUAUCAGCAAAAAUAAGUCAGGCUAUUAAAAGCAACUAUGCUGCUAUUCGAUUUGCUGCCGGUAAAUCUUUAGCUAGUAUGUGUAAGAUAUGCACUAGUGAUGCUAUGUUGCGCGUCAUCGAUGAAGUUGUUCCCUUGAUUGCUGAUUCUUCCAAUAUAUGUCAUCGCCAAGGCUCUGUAGAAACAAUACAACAUAUCGUCAGCACACUCGAUACCGACAUUCUUCCAUACGUUCUAUUCCUGAUAGUUCCUGUACUUGGUCGUGUUAGUGACACUGAUGAUGCUGUUCGUAAGUUAGCAACUAGCACAUUUGCUGCUCUUGUUAAGCUUGUACCACUGGAGGCGGGAUUACCCGAUCCAAUUGGUUUCCCAGAAAGACUUCUGGCUAAGCGCGAGGAAGAGCGUAAAUUCCUGACGCAAUUGCUUGAUGGUAGCAAGGUCGAAGAGUACGAAAUACCAAUAAAGGUCAACAUUGAUUUGAGAAAGUACCAACGUGAAGGUAUUUCAUGGCUUGCAUUCUUGAAUAAGUAUCAAUUGCAUGGUAUACUCUGUGAUGAUAUGGGGCUCGGUAAAACACUUCAAUCGAUCACGAUAUUGGCAAGUAUGCAUCAUGAGAGGGCUAUGAAACAUCAAGAAACCAAAUCACCUGACUCUAGACACUUACCUUCAUUGGUGGUCUGCCCACCAACACUUACUGGUCACUGGAAGCACGAGAUUUUAACGUAUGCAAAUAACCUCAAACCGUUACUUUAUACAGGAGGUCCAACAGAAAGAGCUAGACUUCGCAAACUAAUACCUCGUCAUGAUGUUGUUAUUAUGUCAUACGAUGUCGUCAGGAAUGAUAUAGCUGAUUUAGGAAAAGUUAAUUGGUUGUAUUGCAUUCUUGAUGAAGGCCAUGUUAUCAAAAAUGCCAAAACCAAGCUCACAAAAGCUGUUAAAGAAGUGAAAGCACAUCACAGACUCCUCUUGUCAGGUACACCGAUUCAAAAUAACGUAUUGGAGUUAUGGAGCUUAUUUGACUACCUUAUGCCAGGCUUUUUGGGUAGUGAGAAGGCUUUCAAUGAUCGUUUUGGCAAAGUCAUUUUAGCGUCACGUGAAGCUAAAGCAUCUUCCAAGGAGCAAUUAGCUGCUGACAAUGCUUUGAAAAUUCUUCAUAAACAAAUUCUUCCAUUUAUUAUGCGUAGAUUGAAAGAAGACGUUUUGAAUGAUCUACCACCAAAGAUUAUUCAGGAUUACUACUGCGAUCUCUCAGAUCUACAACAGCAGUUAUAUGAAGAGUUUGGAAGUAGUUCAGCUGCUAAUGAGGCCAGUCAAACUGUGAAAACCGAAGAGAAAGGAGGUCAGAAGCAACAGCAUGUGUUCCAAGCUUUACAAUACCUUCGUAAAUUAUGUAAUCAUCCUUCACUUAUCUUUAAUCAAGAGAAUGAAAAGCAUAAGUCAGUAAUACGCAAAUUAGAAUCAAAAGGUGGUAACAUACGUGAUGUAAGCAAUGCACCAAAGCUCUUGGCAUUGAGGCAAUUACUUCAAGAUUGUGGUAUUGGCGAAAGUGGCCAAUCAACUGACGGUGUUACGGAUGUUGACAAUGGAGGUGUAUCACAACAUAGAGUAUUAGUCUUCUGCCAAAUGAAACAGAUGCUCGACAUAGUAGAGAAUGAUCUCUUUAAAAAGCUUAUGCCUUCGGUUUCAUACAUGAGGAUGGAUGGUCAAACACCGGCGGAUAGUCGUCAUUCAGUCGUACAGAAGUUCAACAGUGAUCCAAGCAUAGACGUGCUUCUAUUAACUACACAUGUUGGUGGUCUAGGCUUGAAUUUGACAGGUGCCGAUACUGUUAUCUUUGUUGAGCAUGACUGGAAUCCACAGCGUGAUUUACAAGCUAUGGAUAGAGCACAUAGAUUAGGUCAGAAAAAGACUGUUAACGUUUAUCGUUUGAUUACCAGAGGUACUCUUGAAGAAAAGAUUAUGGGUCUUCAACGCUUCAAGCUAAACAUUGCGAACUCGAUCGUCACUCAACAAAAUAAUAGUUUGGACACUAUGGAUACUGGACAAGUACUUGAUUUGUUCAGUGUAUCCACGGGUGCAGAGCCAGAAAGUGAGGAUAAAACGAGGAAGAAUGAUACGCCUGCUUCCCAAAAGAACGUUUUGGAAGGUCUUGAAGAUCUACCACCUGAGAACGAGUAUGAAUCACUUGAUGUUGACAAUUUUAUCGGUAAUUUAUAAGAACUUCAAAUUAGUAGAAGGACUACAAGCAUUCAAAUAUACUACAGUUUUACAUGAUAAUUUAUUGAUUUUAAAUUUUAUUAUAUCUUCCAAAGUGC